GCUCGGCACUAUUCAGUCUCUUUAGAAACUUCUCCAGGGGAAAAGUGUUGGGAGAUCUACAAAGUGGAUUUUUUUUCCCUUCUUUUUUUCCCCCCUCCUCCCUCUUUCGUUCUCUUUCUACUGCCGACUUUGUAGAAAUCCUCCAACUUUUACAGAAAACCUCUUUGUUGUUCUUAACCCAAUCUAGGAAGAGGAGGAUAAGGGGGGAGGAAAAAAAUUGCAGCCAGUCCCAUGCUAAAUCUCUUCUUGACAAAGCCCAGCUCUACCUGCUUUAAUGCUACUUCUCUCCAGGCGUUUUUUCAUUUGCUGCAGAUAAUAUCAGGACAGUCGAAAAGAAGCUGAUUCCCUUCUCUGCUUCCUCCCCAGCCUCUCUUGCAGACGUUGCUUUUUUGAGUGAAGCCUGUGGAUUAUUAUUAUUAUUUUUAUACCUCUCGGUGUGCAGCUUCACCAAAGCUCUCCUGGCUCUUCUCUCCCCCCCCCUCCUUGACUCCCCAACCCACCCUCCCCAUUUCCAACCUGUUGCAUGCGUAAUUCUUGCAACUGCAGAUUUUGACAGCCAGGUUUUGUUUUUUGCAUUCCGAUCCUGAAUCGUUUCUGAGUGGAAAAGCUCUUUUGGAAUCUAAGGAAGGAGACGCUUCUUUUUUCUUCUUUUUUGGCAAAAGAUUAUUUUCCUCUUUUUUUUAAUAGAACAUUUAUUUUUGCAAAAGAAAUAAAAAGAGGACAAUCGAUAUUGCCUUGGGUGCCUGCCACGCUGCAUGCCUGCCUGUGCCUUGAAGAUGCUGGUGACCCAAGUUUUGCUCCUGUGCCUCUGCCUGGGGCUGUCCCAAGGGCUGGGCUCCUUUGUGCAUUGUGAACUUUGCGAUGAAAAAGCCCUUUCCAUGUGCCCUCCCAGCCCAGUGGGCUGCGAGUUGGUGAAGGAGCCCGGCUGUGGAUGCUGCAUGACCUGCGCCCUGGCUGAAGGGCAGUCUUGCGGGGUGUACACCGAGCGCUGCGCCCAGGGCAUGCGCUGCCUGCCGCGCCAGGGUGAGGAGAAGCCCUUGCAUGCCCUGUUGCACGGCCGAGGGGUCUGCCUCAACGAGAAGAGCUACAGGGAGCAAGCCAAGAACGAAAGAGAAUCCCGAGAACACGAGGACCCAACCACCUCAGAGAUGGCAGAAGAGACCUACCCUUCCAAACCGCACAGGAACAAGGGACACGUACGCCUCUCUGAGUCAAAGGUAGAGGCCCUGAGGAAGGAUCGCAGGAAGAAGCUGACUUCAUCCAAGUUCGUUGGUGGGGCAGAAAACACGGCGCACCCUCGUGUUGCUGCCCCUGAGCUGAGACCAGAGUUUGAACUGGGCCCUUGCCGUAGACAGAUGGAGGCAUCGCUGCAGGAGCUCAAAUCAAGCCAGCGCAUGAUCCCCCGUGCCGUCCACCUUCCCAACUGUGACAGGAAAGGCUUCUACAAGAGGAAACAGUGCAAGCCAUCUCGGGGCCGAAAACGUGGACUGUGUUGGUGCGUGGAUAAGUACGGACUGAAGCUGCCGGGAACAGAUUACGUAGCCGGAGACCUCCAGUGUCACAACUUUGACAGUGGCAACACUGAGUGAUUUGUCCCUCUUUGCCUCUCCCUGCCAGAGCCCUUUACCCCACCCACCCACCCAUUACCCACCCACACCUCACGACGUGCCCAGGAGACUGAUUCCUUUCAUCUCAUUUUAAGAAACUGAGGACCUCGGAAUCUACGGUUAUUACCAUCAACUUCUUUCAAUGGCAAUGGCAGAGACUAAAGAAGAAAAGGCAACACUUUGAAGCCAAAUAAAUGGAUAAAUAGAAAAGGAAGGAAGGAGGCAGAAGAUGAAGAUGACAAGGCAGCCACCACCUCCCUUGGGACAUGUAGCCCGCCAUGCUUGAAAGUAACGUCAUCCAGCCGCCCAGUCAGCACCAAUGUAGGAAGCUCUCAGAAGCACUUGAAUUUUGUUUUUGUUUUCUUCCCCUCCCCCUUUUUUACUAUGGUGGGUUUGAAAUCUUAAGAUUUUGGGAAGUACUUAGUUUAACCAGCAGAAUCCUAGGACAAGCAGGCCACUCGCCACUCACUCUUUCAAUCCACACGCACACACACACAUAUUCUAAGGUUCCUUUUUUCAAUGUUGUCCUUUCUCUACUCCUUCCCCCAGGGCUAAGGCUCUCUCUCCCUUAUUUUCUUUUCAAAUAAAAAUCAAAUGGAUCGAAGAACAGCAGAACCUACAGCAGGGUGAAGUUAAGCUAUUGGUUAAAAAUCAAAAUUCUUCAGUUCCUGCUGGGACUGUUUCCCUGGGCAGUUAAGUCAGAGGUUUGACCUGAUUAUUUGAGGUGUCAUUGUCCAUCCCUCUCCUGUGUAAAUACAGCUGUGCUGCACAUGUUUACUCUUUGUUGAACAAGUCCCUUUUCUUCCAAGAAGAGUCCUUUGACCUCCAAUCAUGUAAGAAGCUCCACAAACCUCUGUGCAGUUUCUUGUGUAUGUCAAAGGCAUUCAGGUUUGUGUAUUUGCAGGAUCAUGACCCAAGCUGAAGCAAUAGCAUGAUGUCAGACAUCCUGCAGGCACUUAAAGCAUAUUUUUCUUGUUGUCAGUUAUGUAAACCGACCUGUGGAUGUCCACAUAAUGCUGAGCAAUUAUCAUCACUCUCUACCUUUUAAUGUAAAGGUGAGGACAGGUGAAAUGACUCCUGUUAUUGUACUCACAUAUGCUAAAUCAUUGCCCGGAACAAGGACAAUACAAAGGAGUUAAAACAUGAUUCAUAAAAUCAUGCACACUAGAUUUGUAAAUCUAGUCCACAGCUAAGAAAACUAUUUUGCCAUCUUUCAAUGUCUACAAAGUGACUGAGAGUAGGUUGAGACCUUUUUCUUUCUUUCCUGAAAGAGACUCUAAGUCUGAAACUGCUGCAUGGCAGGCAGAAAUUCAGUACGUGUCAAUUUGUCCCCAUGAGUGCAUCUUUUGUGCUGGAAAAAAAGCUGCACCUGCUUAAUUUCUGCCUCUUGUGCCGCUGUCAAAGUCUCCACCAGGAAAGAAGCAGCUAUGCAAACAAAUAAAAAAAAUCACCCGCAGAAAAUAAUUUGGCAACUUGCACGUCCAGACUUGGGCAUGCCACUAAAGCCAUUAAAAAAUAAAUAAAUUAUUGUUUAACAUUUUUUAAAACUCCUCAGUAUGUCUCCAUGGACAUUGCCAUGACAAGGGUCCUUCCUAUGUUCAGGAUGGUGAAUGAGAAUGCAAGAAAAUGACAAAAGGGAGGGAGAGAGAAAGGAUUCCCCAUCCAAAGUCACUUGCAUUAGGGGAAAAUCACCAAAAUAGGAGCCAUUAAGAAACAUGCAAUCCACUUGAGGGUGCAAAAGAAAUGGACCCCAUGGUGAUUUUUCUGGAGGAGGACACAAAGGAGUCGAGGACACUGGUGUGGUGGCCUGCAAGCACUUCUGGACAACAUGCUAAUCAGAAGCAUGGAGAGAGACAGAGAGAGGACUGGGGUUUUUGCUUGCAGACAGAUGAGGAAGGCCACACUGCCUGCUGAGCGUCAGAAAAGAGCGCUGUUGGUAGGAGAACCAGGAGGACACCCACAACAUGCCACAUGCACUACUAAGCACAGAAGAAAGGGAAAUGAGGAAUCGUCCUGGUGGAAUGGCUACAGCAUGAAAGUGACUGUGGUGGGUUUUUCUUCUAUCACCCCCUUCACCGUCAGCGGUGUUCAGAUCAGCUCCAGAACAAAGAUGAAAGCCAACAAACCAUUGGGGGUCUUCCCAGAGAUGUGAGAACUAGCCAAGAAAAUCUGGAUCAGGGAAUUCACAUAUUGGCUCUAUGGAGAUUUGAUUUGUCUUCUAUGGAGGAGAGCAGGGUGGGGAAGAUUUCUCCACAUUUCUAUGUGCAAACACCCAUCCUUUUGUGCAGAGACAAGGAAAUAUGGAGAUGGAAACACACACACAUCCUUCCAAAGUAAAAAGUCUAAUAAUCUGGGUGGAAUUCCUGCCCCAGAAUUCAAAGUGCAAACAAAGCCCACUCCAUCCGUUCACCUCCAUCUUUGAUCCAGAUUUUCUGGAAAGUGUAAAUGACUGCUAGAUAUUCCAGUUAUCCCCUCCCCUGGGCUUUGGCAGCAGUGGUGAGACAUUUACCCUUUCUCCUCCGAAUCAAAGCUAAACCUACCACAAGCUCCUGUGUAACAGAAGGCCGGACUGUGCUUUGACUGGGACGUUUGUUAUCACGAUGGGUGAGCCUAAGUCCCAUUUUCCCCACAGCCCUGAUUUAGCAUGUGGAAAUGUAGAAAUGCCUCAUUGUUUACUACCUGCAUUUGGGUUGGAUUAUUUGGCUGUGCCUCUUUCCUAAACUGGAUAAGUCCUUGGGUGUUCUGCUGACAAUGCAAUCUGAGCAAUAUACCCCCUAGUUAGGCAGCUCUUUCCCAGUUCCCUGGCAACAAGAUCAUCUAUGUCAGUCAAGAGAGUUUGUAGGACAGAAGAAGCAUCAAGGUCCCUUUUAGAAAUUCUAUACUUACCAGGGUGGUAUAAUAGUGCUUCUGUGUCAACAAGUGUGUGAACUGGGUAAGGGAGCAAAUCUGUGGAAAGGAGGGGCAGUGCCCUUGUUGCCUUGCUAUGGGCAACCUGAGAUGGCUCCCCCCCCCUGCAAUGGCCACAAUCCUGAUCUCCAUGAAAGAUCUUUCAUGGAGAUCAGCACCCAUGUGCAACAUUUGGGCUGUCCCUGAAGUCUUCUACAAAGUAGAAGGACAGAAAUUGUUUAAGCAUUUCUUCUCAGGCUUUCAACAUGGUUCAUUCAUUUGGGCUGUAUUGAGACUUGGUUGGUAAACGAAAGGUCCUGACCGCAUCUGUUCUUUCCCAUAGAAGAUUGUGUGGACAGCCCCAGUGGUGGACACUGGUCCCUUAGGUGUUCACACUUGGGAUUAUGGCCAGUAUUCCAAAAGGGGGAGACCUAAAUUAGCACCAAAAGUAACGUAUAUCUUGAGAAUGAACUACCAGAAUGGCCAAGCCAGUGGAUCAGAAAUGGGGAACCUGAGGCGCUCCAAAUGUGCUGGACUACAACUCCAAGCACCUCUGCCUGUUGGCCAGCGUGGUUGAAGCUAAUGGGAACUGGAGGUCAGCAGCAACUGGAGGACUGCAUGGUCCUUGUCCUUGCAACAGAUUAUAUAAGGGUUUAAUCUGAUCCUGACAUUUCCAGGGGUAAUUCAUACAGGAGACUUCUCCAUUCUAGCCAUUACAGAGAGGGACAAAGUGGUCCUAUAGAACCUGGUGAUAUCUAUGCUACAGCAAAGCUCAGCAUUGCCUUCUUAUCUCUUUGGAAAAAUGAGGUUCAGUUAGAUCCCCCUAUGAACAAAGGGGAGAGGGAAUUCUGUCAUCUUCCAAAAGUGAGAACUGGAGCCAUUUUGCUUGCUCCAGGGCACAUAAAGUGCACUUUCUCUAGGUCCAAAGAAUACAUGGGAAAGGUCCAUGGUAGAAUGACUAUGGGCUGAGAAAAGGCUGGUGAACUUUAUCCCUUUGGAUUUAAAAACAAAUCUCUCUUGUCAAAAGAAGAUUUACAAGGAGGAAAGGACAGUGGAGCAGAGUGCACAUAUAAUCUACAUAGCAUAUAAAGGGGCAGGAGAUGUGCUGGGCACAUAAGAAAUUAGGGGUAAUUUACACUACAAAGUUAUGCUGAUUUUGUACCAUUUUAAUUGUCAUGGCUUUUGCCAAAGAAGCCUAAGGACUGCUCUUUUCUACAGUCCCUAAGGUUCCCUGAAAGGAGGGAGUGAUUCCUAAAUCAGUGUAAGUGUGUGGUGUAAAUAUAUAUCUUUACAGGGCAAUCCGUAACAUGUCUACUCAGGAAGAAGUCUCACUGAGAUCAGAGAGACCUAUUCCCAGGUACAUGGGUAAAGGAUUGCAGCCUUGGUUGCAUAAAAUGAAAGAAUGUUGCUAAAAUCCUUUUCUCUCCCCAAUUGGUAGAGUCAGUCUCUUGGCACUCCUGGACUGGUUUCAACCAAAAUCAUCUUUUAUCCUUCCUUCCUUCCUUCCUUCCUUCCUUCCUUCCUUCCUUCCUUCCUUCCUUCUUGAUAUGUAUUUUUUUAUUAUUUCCUGAAACUUGAAAACCUUUCCCUAUAUAAAAAAUAAAAACCCUUCUUACUCCGUAAACAGGGCAUGGAGAGAGCCACUUCAUCUCUCACUUCUAUUGGACACACACACACACUCACAGAGUACAGAUAUUGCAAGCAGGUGAGGGGGGUUUGGAGUACAUAAUAUUCCCACCUAACUGCCAGCCCACAUUGUAAAAUGAUUUUCUCAUAAGCUCAAAGGAUGCCUUUGAGGACAGUUCCUUUACCUGGUUGCAUACUUUGCUGGCUACUACAGUAGCAGAAACCAUUCCAAGUGCAUUGGCCACAGCUGAUUUUCCAGGAGAGAGCACAUCUUACAUCCUUGCUGCUUAAGUACAGUAUGGAGAACCCAAAGCUGAUGUAGACUUUCACCAUGAGAAGAUCAGCCUUUUAUGGAUUUCUUAAAGCAGCACUCAAAAUCUCAGCUGAAAGGCUGGGAAGCAGCUGCCCCAGUCUCAAUCCUACAAUGCCAGUGCUUUUCUUUUUGGUUAAAAAAAUUGAGGUGCCAGUACCCAUAUAUAGAUAAAAGUCCAUGGGCAAAGUCCAAAGUGCUAAACUUGCCACCCUUGACCUUAAAAGUUGGCUGACAUUUUUAUGUGCCCUCAAGAGGCCUCGAGCUAACCAAUGGCAUUACAUUUGCAGAGUUUGCAUGAUCACCUUUGCAUGAUCACCUCCUAAGAGCAGAGGGAAAACUGUGUUUGUAAACAGGCUGGUGACAACGUUUGGGAAGACCAAAGUCUGUAGAACAUGGCUAGAAAUAGGACUGAGAACUUGGGCUACCUUAUCCAUCAUAUUCAUUCAUACCUACCAACAAACAUUCACAAUCCUAUAACUAUCAAAGGCAGAGGAACCUCUUUGCAACCUGUAGAUGCCAAGGCACUAUAGCAGGCAUGUCCAACAGGUAGGUCAUGAUCUACCGGUAGAUCACUGGACAUCUGCGGUAGAUCACUGGUAGAUCAUUGGCUCCCCCCAAAGAAGCUGAACAACUGUGGCUCCCCUUAAAAAAGCUCAACAUUUUACCUCCUCCCUGAAAAAAAACUCAACAACUUUGACCCGAACCCCCCCCCCAAAAGGGGGUAGAUCACUGCCAGUUUUUAACUUUGUGAAUAGAUCUCAGUCUCUUGGGAGUUGGCCACCCCUGCACUAUAGCAUAAGAGACUACGGGGAAACAAAACCUCUUAGAACUGAUGCCAGCUUUAGAAGAAAAGUCCUGAACCUCAUUACUCUAAUAGCACCUGCUAUUAGAAGAAGUCUGUUCUUUACCCCUCCUACUAGUCCUUCAUUUCUAUUAGCCGUUUGUGUUACAUUGGUUACAGUGCCAACUUCUGGCAAGCCAUUCUCAAUCAUCUCCCCCAACCAUAAGCUACUGGUGGGUGACUCACACGACCCACCACGUUUUUUGACGAGUGCUCAAUUCCAUUAUGUUAUAAGCUUUAAAGAUGGUGUGUUUGCCAUUGAAUGCACAGAUCUCCCUCCUUCCCUUUGGCUGGCGACUCUGUGCCUGAAUCGCUUUUCCUCUUCAGUUACCCAAUACCCACGAUCCCCCAUAAAGACUCCAGCUGCCAUUGGUAGGAGAUGAAAGUUAUGCCACCGAAGUAGAAAUACCACCUCCAGAGGAGGAUACCCUCUCCAUUGUUGACCAAGGAGAAAAGGCUUGCCCAGUUUACUUCAUUUAAGAAAGAGCUUUCCUGCCAGAGUAGUGAAUCAGGGUGGGAGGUGAUAAGAAAACAGAUUUAAAAGACAAUGUGGUGGGGGAGUCCCCUUCAGAGACAUUGAUCUCAGAGACUGUGCACAGGGAAAGUGUGGUGAAGGUUUUGGAGGCAAUUGGCUGGAUACCUUUCAUCUCCAAAGCAGCUUUCACUUUUGACCUAUGUGAGUGGGAUUCAGGAGCAUAUAGAGAUCUUUAAAGUCUUAGAAGGUCCCACUGCAGCUGAUGCAGGUCACAUGCAUAUCCUAUGUUUGAAUCACAUGGCUUCCUGCAAUCCUGGGAAUGAGAGUUUCUUGCUCUCAGAGCUGCAAACUCUCUCGGGGGCGGGGGGGGGGAACCACCAUAGCCUACGAACGACAAUAUCCAGGGGAGCAAAGACCUCCUUUCAAGCUGAGAUAUUCCUUGUCACUGUUGCAGACUAGGACAGUUUUAUUUUGAAACCACUAGUACAAGAGCAUAUUGCACUAUUUCUCCACUUCAUCUCUCUCUCUCUCUCUCUCUCUCUCUCUCUCUCUCUCUCUCUCUCUCUCUCUCUCUCUCUCUCUCUCUCUCUUUCUGUCUUUCAACAGAGCAUCUAUAACUUCAGCAGUUGACAGGUCACUGCAGUCCCAGGCCACCUUCCUGGCCAGAUAAUGCCCAGGGAGGAGAGGGGGGCUUGCAGCACUCCCAACUUCCAACUCCACCCACUCUCAGCCCCUCCCACAACACCACUGGGACAGCUCUUCUACAAUGCAGUUAUUGCUUUCAAUAGCACAGUUAACAAUACACACAUGAUUCCGAGUAUCCUACCUGGUUUUUAAUCAUUACGCAGAAUUAUUCACUACACAUUUUACGGUAGCUUUUAAUAGCUUUACAUACAUACAGUAGCUCUGUGGAUAUUUUUUUUUUCCUUUUGCAGUAAACAAAAAAUAUUCAUACUCUUACCGGUGGGGGGCGGGGGGGAGCAGUUUGUGAAAAAAAACUGACAAUGGAUGAGGAGUGUAAUUGCUCUGUUUAGCAUUUUGUACUUUAAAAAAAGAAAAAAGAAUCUCACAUUUUAUUAAAAAGUGAAGAUUGCUGUAUACUAUUUAUUCAACUUAUAAUUUAUGUUACUCUUUGAUCUUUGUCUUUUCUUAUGACAAAGCAUUUAUUUAAUAAAGUUAUGCAUUCAGUUA